GGGGUUUUCUCCUGUCAGCCAAGCAGUUGCCAGACGUCAUCACAGCCGAAGCCGAGUCCGGCCGGAAACGCCGAGCGAGAUAAUUCAGCGGCCCAACCGCGACCGCCCCCUCUCUGUCCUAGAACGACUUGACUCGACCAGCCGCAAGCCAUGCGAACACGCCUGGCCUCGACAAGCCGCAGCCUUUGCGCCAGCUGCAACGGGCGGCCAAGGGCGUGCCCGCCCCUGCCCUCAGCAGCUGCAAGGACGUAUUCGACGACGAGGGCGGCGCCACAAGUCCCAUUGGAGAGGCAGGAGAGGCAGGAGAGGCAGGAGAGGCAGGAGAGGCGGACGAGGCAGCAGCGCAGCACGCAGCACAGGUGGUUCUCGUCUCAGUCCCAACCCCAAGCCGUCCAAGAAGCCCAACAGCGACAGCACCGCGACCACACAAAGCCCCUCCCGUACUACAACCUCUUCCCCGAGACUCUACCGCAGGGCCCCCCGCCCCAGGGACCCUUCGACAUCGACUUGCGCGCCCUCCGCCGCGAGUUCCUGCGCCUACAGGCCGCGAGCCACCCGGACUACUUCCACUCCGCCUCGACCUCCUCGAGUCCCUCAAACUCCCCGUCCGACCCGGACAACACCUCGGCAGCGACACGCCGUCGGCAGGCCGAGGCCGCGUCAAGCCACAUCAAUGCCGCCUACAAGACGCUGUCGCACCCGCUCCUUCGCGCGCAGUACAUCCUCGCCGAGAGGUACGGUGUCGACCUUGCUGGAGACGAGGCCGGGAGCCACACGGGCGGCGCCGCCGGGGCCGCCGCCGACCCAGCCCUCCUCGUCGAGGUGCUCGAGGCCCGGGAGGCCAUAGAAGACGCCGAAUCCGAGGCCGACCUGGAGGGGCCGAUGGCCGAGAACGAGGAGCGGAUUGAACGAUGCGUCCAGGGGCUGCGGCAGGCAUUCGCCGACGGCGAUAUCCAAGGUGCUGUUGGGGAGGCAGUGAGGCUGAGGUAUUGGGAGAGCAUCAAGGAGGGCAUUCGGGGAUGGGAGAAGGGCGCGGGUGGGGGGCUCCUGCAUCAUUAACAAGAUUCUCGGGUCUGUAGACUUUCCAACCACCUGGGUGAUCGCCGGUUGAGCGCAUUGACGCUUGGCCUUCAGUUCUCAAUGGGGGAGGCUGUGAGGUAGACCUGUCCGAGUUGCCGGGGCUGGACGCAAGCAAUACCAUGUGGUAUUGUACAAGCCGCUCAUAUGAUCGUUUUCCCCCGGAGAGCAAGAUACCUUGGCAUGCAGUUUUACAACCCACUCAUCACUGGCACAGGAGAGGACCAUCAGUCGAUAGGAGAUAAGAAAGAGAGCCUUUCCCUCAUGUAUUGCGACUUGUAUUGUCCUUAUACCACCAACGGUGCCCCUGAGCCUUGUCUGUGCGUCGCAAGGCUGAGGCCACAAGCACCCAUCGUAUUCUAACUAUAGUUAUCGACAUCGUAUUUUUUUUAAGCACUGUGUCUUGAGCGUUUACCACCGAAUGAAG